AAAGCGCCAAGGUACAUGGGCCGGUGAAACUGAGCAUGGAGAAAGAUAGGGCGGAGGGGAUGCUGGAGUGCGACGUCGUUCUGAACCUCUUCACCACCUUUAUCGACAACGGGGACAACCGCAAGAUCGGAGCGCAGGAGAACGUCCUGAGGGCCUACCAGAGGCUGAGGAAGCAUGGGGUAAUGCCAUGGCUCUUCACCACAUCCGAGAAGUGGACCAAGAAAGCGAUGGAGCACGAUGUGAUGGUGGUGUCGGACAUCGCAACGAAUCGUCAUGGUACUCCUCUGCUCGGGCACAUGUACGAGACUGUUCGCAACAUAACUGAGAAGCACUGCACCCCGUACCCCCGCUACGUGUUCGACUCCUACACCAACGGCGACAUCGUGUUCACCAAGGGGCUGGCGGACACGCUGUCGGAAGUGAGGAGGGUGUGGGGGCAUGAGAUCAGUCAGGGGAGGAGGAAGGGGGUGAUGGUGAUCGGGAAGAGAACCAACGUUGAUUAUUUUGACACACAACUCAAGUCCGACGCGGAAGUCGAGGAGUUUUCGAAGAAGGGACAUCUGUUCCAGAACGAUGCCAUAGACUACUUCGCCUACCUGCGAGGGACUGUGGACUGGAAUCGGAUGCCCAAGUUUGCGGUCGGAAGAAGAGCAUACGACAACUGGCUUGUGGACAACAUGUUCCACAAGGAUGAAGCUGACAUGAUCGACGCGACCCACACGGUCCUCGCCCUUCACCUCACAGCAUCUGAUGGCAACCUGGCUGGUCAC